GGCUCCGGAGCUCGGCGGUGCGGCCUUCCCCGCCCCCUCCUCCCUCCUCCCCCGCCCGCUUCCGCCCGGCUUAUUAUCCUCCUUAUUGACAAACAGAGCGGCCGCGGCGGCGACUCUCCGCGUGCAUCUGUAGCCAAGCCAUGGGAGACAAGAAGAGCCCCACCAGGCCGAAGCGGCAGCCGAAGCCGUCCUCGGAUGAGGGUUACUGGGACUGUAGCGUCUGCACCUUCCGGAACAGCGCCGAGGCCUUCAAGUGCAUGAUGUGCGAUGUGCGGAAGGGCACCUCCACCCGAUCCACAUUCUUUGAAGUUAUUGUGAAUGCCUCGAGGACCAAGGAACCGUUGAAAUUUCCAAUUUCAGGAAGGAAACCUCGACCUGUCUCCCAGUUGGUUGCACAGCAGGUUACCCAGCAGUUUGUGCCCCCUACACAGUCAAAGAAAGAGAAAAAAGAUAAAGUAGAAAAAGAAAAGAGUGAAAAGGAAACAACUAGCAAAAAGAACAGUCAUAAGAAAACCAGGCCAAGAUUGAAAAACGUGGAUCGGAGUAGUGCUCAGCAUUUGGAAGUUACCGUUGGAGAUCUGACAGUCAUUAUUACAGACUUUAAGGAGAAAACGAAGUCACCGCCUGCAUCUAGUGCUGCUUCUGCAGAUCAACACAGUCAGAGUGGGUCUAGCUCUGAUAACACAGAGAGGGGAAUGUCCAGGUCAUCUUCACCCAGAGGAGAAGCCUCAUCACUGAAUGGAGAAUCUCAUUAAAGUUUAUUUUCUCCAGUUUCUUAGUCACUUCUGUCAUAACAUGCAAAUACACAGAUUAUGCCAAGAGGUACCACAUUUUCAUGACAAACAUAUUCAUGCACAAUCCAUAAUUUGCGUUUUACAUAAGAUAGAAAUUUGUUAGAAUUUAUUGCAAUCUAUGCCUACCAAAAAUUUCCAAACUUAACAUUUUGGUCUCCACAGUUAAAGGUGCCAUGAAAAUGUGGUUGAAUUAUUCAUUAUGCAGUGUUAUUGGUAAGUCUAUUUUCACUUUUAGUUUAGUGAAUUCUAACACAUAAUUCUCUACUAUUGGCAUGUAUGAAUUUCAAUUUUUAUAACAUAGUGCAAGCUGCCUAAAUAUGUAUUAUUUGAGAAUUGUGAAACAAAUAGUUAUAUGUAUACAAGUCAAAGAUCAACUUAAUCAACUAUUGCUGCAACAGGAUUUUCUUAAUGGUUAUCCUCUUAAAUACACCUGCUGGUACUUGGUGUGGUUAAAUAGGAAAAUUGUUAUUAAAUAAAGAAUUUGUAUGAACCGUUGCCAAUGUUUUUGACACAUUUUACUAAAUUAUUGUUCCUGAAUUAUGUUUCUGGUUUUAUCUUUGUUUUUGUUUGUUUAUCUUUUAAAACAUUCAUUAUUGUAAUGUUUUACUAGCAGAGUAGUAAACAAUAAAACAUUGAUUAUUUAGCUUUAUAAUUCAGGUUUAGUCCUCUUGUCAUUGAACACUGGUAUGUUUUCUGUAUGGAAUAAAACAUUACAGUUCAAAUAAUUAUAAACAUUUGGCAAAAACAGAAAAGAAACCUGACAUAUUUUAAAAGCUGCAAUUUUGGAAAAGCUUUAACUUAAUAAUAGUUUUAUCACUGUUGUCUUGCCCCAAACUUGUGCAGGGUCAUAGAAGUAUGAAUCUAAUUAAUACAGAAAUGGGAACUGUUGCACAGACCUGGGAAAUAACUAAUCUUAAAUCAGUUUAAUUGGCCUCUUAUUAAAUAUAAUGAUUUUUAUGAAAAUCACAGUAUCCUAUUUUCAGACACAACUGCCAGUUUAUGCAUUUAUCAAUAUCCUGAAAUUUAAAAAAUAUUUACAGCCCCACUUACUAUUAUGUAAAAUUACCAAUAAAAUAUUUUUAUGACUACAGAUUUUGCAUUUUUGUUUACAAGAAAUAAUGUUUCAUGUUGUAUUUAAAAAUCCAGCCUAGAAACCACACAGUACUUCUUAAAUUCUCAUAGGGUCUCCUGCUUCUUUUAGCCAUUUGCUUAAUAUGUAUCCACCUCUAGGAGACUUCUGGAAUAUAAAUUAACUUAAAAACAUAACCUGGAUACAAAAUACCACUUAAAAACACUAUGAUUGCAUUUGAAGAACAGAAAAAAAAAACAAAAAACAAACAAACAAAAAAAACAACCUGUAGACCCUGACAGUUGUGUAUUUGGUGGUUUCUUGUGGUAAUGUAAUUUUCCGUUUAAUUGCAGUACUUUUUCCAGGCACAAUGGGACUGUCUUUUUUGUAAGAUGCUAGUUGUGAAGUACAGUUAAUUGCAUACAGUAAAAGUCUGUGAUUAAAACAUUUAUAUACCUCA